GGGCACUCGCUCCCUUGCCGACUGAGCACAUCGCCUACAUCGAUAAACUGGCGCGCGACGCAGCGCAGUGGGCAAGAGAUAGGCCAGCCGAUUUGGCGCACGCGGCUGGAAACGCAGACAUAGGUUUGCUGCAACAACAAAUGGCCCAGCUGGCGCAACACGUUGCCGCAGACCCCAGGCUAUUGCAGGAGAUGCAGACCCGCAGGCUCCAGGGUCCGGACUUGAUGAACGCGUUAAUGAUACAACAAGCCCAAGCGCGAAACGCGGCUAGAUACGGCACCCAGUUAUGAUCCUUGUUCUUGUUCGUAAUAGUACACUCUAGUUGAAUAUUAUUCGUAUUAGUUGUAGUAGUGUCCUGUGCAAGUGCAACACUCUCGUAGCUGUAGUAUCCAUCUUCUACUAUAUUACUCGUGCUUGUGAAGAUGCCUCAGCCUCUUGAGUCUUCUUUAUACUCCAACAAGUGUAUCAAUGAUGAAGAUCUCCUACACUCUACUAGUCUCUCUUGUUGUUGUAUCAAGUUGAUAAUGUUGCCAUAGCCGCAUUUACUUACUCAUCCAUUGUAGCAUAAAGACUGGCACGCUUCUAAAUUUCUACUAAAGAGAUUCUUUCCAUCAAAUAGUACAGAACUAUGUUCUGUACUCCUCUAAGUUAUAGACCGGAAGAUACUUCGGAGGCUGCGCUGAUGGAUCGUGUACUGGCGCGCACGUCCUUUCAUGGGGAUCGAAUGCCAGAGGAUCAAAUGAACGCCAAUAAUGUUGCAGACCUGAGACAAGGCUUAGCAGAUCGUGGGGUCAAGAAAAUUAAGGAAUUAAGAAUACUCGCUUCGCGACUCUGGUGCCGAUCUCUAUUCUACUAAAAGCAACCUUUCUAGAAAUUAUAAAACACAAAUAUUAUCGACUGUGCCACCUCUAGUAUAGGCACAAUCAUCAUCGUCAUCAGGUCAUCAUCAUUACUUAGAUCAUCAUCAUCAGGUCAUCAUCAUCAUCAUCAGGUCAUCAUCAUCAUCAUCAUCGUCAGAUCAUCAUCAUCUUCAUCGAUCAUCAUAAUAGACGAAUGUGAACGGGUUAGGGAACGACCUCUAAGAGUAGUCACAGAACAGGCGGCGUGCAGCUGGACGAAGCGUCGAAGAUAUCUGCCGGUGGCGUAGCUGCACGUUUAGCAGAGGCAAAACGUCAACAAGAGGAACGCGCUAGAUUAAGGGUCAACACGAUAAUUCUCUUUCUCUUCUUGCGCUAGAUUAAGAGUCAUCCCGUUGUGAUUCCUCUUCCUGCUGAGUUUCUUUUCUUAGGGGUUGAAAGUUGGCGUCUCUAGCUCGCAUAUCUUCUGUGGCUUUCCUACUUGAGGAAGACAGAGAGACGCUCUUAGAUGAUAGGUCAACUACUCCCAAGCCUUAAUUUGCGCUAGAUUAAGAGUCAUCCCCUAUUAAAGACAACUCAGCGAGUACUUCGAAAGAUCAAUAGAUUAAUCUAAAUGAUGCCCACCUAGCGAGUUCGAAAUAAACAAGAUAAGUACCGAAGAUUGUUCGCUGGUCUCUUUGUUGAUCACCGUCUAGUCCUUUCAUCUAGACUUCAAGCACUACAGGGUUAGUAGUCUACUUUACUUCCAAUUUCCACACUUACUUAGUUACUUCAAGAACUACAGGGUUAGUAAUACUUACUUGUACUUACUUCAUUUCAUCCUGUUCCACAGCGUAAACAAGUCGAAUCACAAGUCGAAUCCUUUGUUCCAUGACAUCCGUGUCCUCUAAAGAAAGAAAUGACGAGAGCAAAAGCCGCGAGUCCUGAAGAGCGGGAGAAGAGGCUGCAGAAGCAGCAAGCAGCAUCUGCUAGAGUACGGGAGCAGCAAGCCAUAGCCGCAAAAGCAAAUCACGGCCUCAGUCUCACUCAACAGUUAAGGCUAGUGAUUAUCAAUAUCCCCUGUGAACUGUGCUGUUGCUGAGUGAAGGUUCCCUUGAUUUCAAGGGGAAAAUUAUAAAGAGGAAACAGGGGAACUCAGCACUCAACCAGGGAUAGUGCUAAACUAGCGCUAAAACAGUUGGCGGCCAAGAUGGGUGACAAAUGGGUUGGUGCUGACAACCAGAAAGAAGUGGAUACCAAUGGUUUGGAUAAUCUUUAAGGCUUAGUUACCCCAACUUUUCUUAUUUUUUGGAUUUCUUAUUUGCUCUGGUGCUGAAGGACCUUCAUGGAGAAACAGAAUCACACAUUUUCAAGGAUCGUGAAGGACCUUCAUGGAGAAACAGAAGCACACAUUUUGAUUUUCAAAGAUCGGCGCCUUUUUUUCAAAGUACCAAUUUAGCGAACCCAAAUAAUCCAAAAUCCUAUUUUCUUCCAAUAUUCCUUGGCUGCAAGGGCAAAAGCACAAAGUCCAGAGGAGAUAGCGAGGAGACAGGAGAAGCAGAGGCAAAUGUCGCUGAGAGUGCAAGACAAUCAGCGGGUUUCAAAGCAGGUGAAGCAUGGCCUGAGUAUUAAGGCUUGAGGAAAUCCAUCUUCCCCAACAAGCAUCUUGGAGUGAGGUUUCGUUUUGAAGGGAAAACCUUUUCUUGAGAGCUUACAAUUUUCUCAUCUUGUGCUUUUUCUCGUGCAACUACUUCCUCUGGCACCUUCAAAAAUGCUCACCAGUUCUUCUAAUUUCAUCACACAACAACUGCAGGCGGCGAUGGGUGACAAAUGGGCAGGGAACGAGCUUCGAACUGGUACUAACAACGAAGAAGGCGCACGGCGGAUUACAGGGAAAGUCGACAAUGCUGGCCUAGAUGCCUUGUUGGCAGUGUCAAAGCCGAAGGUAGCGCCAGGCAAACUGAAAAAGGAUGGAGUAGUUAUGCUGGUCAAGAACAUUUAGUGUCCAUCCAUCUCAUCUCUCUUAUCCUCUUCAUCUCUUGUUUGGUUGUAUGAUGUUGUCUUUUUGUAGUUCCUAUAGAACAAGAAUGCUCGAUGGAAUAGGAGAUCUUCAGGUCUUGUCGCUUUACCUUUCCCAUGUUGAGAUAAAACUAGGGAAAAGAUAAUAUUACUGAGAUCUGCAGGAAACAGUGACAGACCGAUCUGAUGGAUCCAAUUCCACACUGCACACACUCUAAAGUAGGUGCCGCCUUGGGUAACAUGUUAUCGAAAAAAGCAGCUGGGGAGGUCCCGAAAUUUUCACAACGACCUCCUGUUGCUUCCAAUGACAGUGGCACGACGACGAUCGUAUCCAAAGCAGCCCAACCCCCGAGUGACGAAACAGGAACUGGUGCGCCGAAAGCAGCGGUAGUUAAGGCCUCUUGAUGCAAUUCAUUAUCGGUGCAAGGUUCGUUUAUUUUCUUCUUUUUUUAGUAGUUUCCUUCUUUCGAUUGUCUGGAGAAAUGAGAAGACAUCUGUUAGUUUUCUUCUGUAGUCAGUUUCCUCCUUGAUGCGAUUUUGAAGAAGUGAAGGGAACAAGACAAUGACAAAGUGAAGCAAAAAAUGCUUAGAUUGAGUUCUUCUAAGGUCGUUGGUGGAAAGAAGGGCGCAGCUCCUCCUGUGCCGGGAACGAACAAGGGGGGUAAAAAAGGUGGAGGGCCUGCAGUUCCUCAAGAGGGUGGCAGAAGAGUCGUGGAGCCAGCUAGCGUGGAAGAUGUUACCUCUCUUGAUAUUUCAUCCGCAGCUGCACCAGCGAAACCAAUGAAGCUGCCACCUAGCGCUAAAAAUUCUUCCGAUAAAAAUCAAACUGGUGCACCACGACAUGUUCCUGCAUUGCGUCUCUCUCAAGUUGACCAGCAACAGCUUCUUCAGAAACAGAGUAAAGACUCAAACACGACAAGCUCCUCAAAUGCUAUCCCGACACCUGGAAGAAGAAAGCCAAGUUAAGACUUCAGAUUUUUGAUAGAAAAACAACUCUAUUCUUGCGAAUAUUCCUUCUUGAUACAACUUCUUCCACCUCCUCCACCAACGUAUUUAAUACGGCAACUUGUUCCAAUACCGUUACUCCACUUCUAAGAAACGCCGACGCUUGAUCACACAGCGAUCCCUUCGGACAUCAUGUUUAGUGCCGAGCAGCCCUUUCAGGGCUUCGACGAUCCCUUAAGGGUUGAAGCCUGUCAUAUUUGUGCGGUCUAUUUGGCACAUUUCCAAACGAAGCGUGUCAAAUAUGUACGACAAAUGUGAAUUGCUUCAACUACCUCUAAAUCACGACCCCGGAGAAGGCGGCGCUCCUGAGGAGCAUUUUACCUACCCAGAAGAAUUGCGAAAGCCGAAACGGUAA